GCAGCGCAGCCAGAUCGCGCUGAAUCGCCGGGUGAAUUGGGAACAGAAACCGCCUCACUUUGAGGACUACGCCCCAGAGUGCCUGCAGCAGCCCGCUGCGGCGCUGCUUCAAUCGGCUGUGGGGCCCAUCAAGGAGGAGAAGGGGCCCAAGCGUGCGGCGCCAGAAAGCACCACCCCGACCCCAAAGCGGUUGCAGUUGUCUA